AUGGCUCCGAAGGUCUUCUUGACUGGCGUGACCGGCUAUAUCGGUGGUGAUGGCCUGUAUGCCGUUUCCAAUGCGCACCCCGACUGGGAACUCUCUGCCCUCGUCCGCAGCAAGGAAAAGGCUGCCCGGCUGACGAGCCAGUAUCCCAAGAUUCGGGUGGUCCUCGGCGACCUGGAUUCUUCGGAUAUCAUCGAGGAGGAAGUGAAGAAUGCUGAUAUUGUCUUCCAUUUCGCCGAUUGUGAUCACGUCGCCGCGGCCAAGGCGAUUGCCAAAGGUGCUCAGCAUCACACACCUGAGCGGCCCCUGUGGCUAAUUCACACUUCGGGCACGGGCAUCCUGACGGUCGAGGACCAGCGCGCUCGAAGCUAUGGAAUCGAACGACUUAAAGAAUAUAACGACUGGGAGGGAGUUAGCGAGCUUGUCAACCUUCCCGAGGACGCCUUCCACCGAAAUGUAGACGAAAUUAUUAUUGGCAUCGGCCGACGCGACCCAUUCAGUGCUCGUACCGCUGUUGUCUGCCCACCUACUAUCUAUGGCCCUGGCCGUGGGCCUGGCAAUACCAAGAGUGUACAGGCCUACCUGCUGAGCGCCGCGGUGUUGAAGCGCGGCAAAGGCUUCUUGGUUGGGAAGGGAGAAAAUGUUUGGCACCAGGUUCACGUCCAAGAUUUGAGCAACGUCUAUCUGGCUCUGGGUGAUGCUGCGGCUGCUGGUGGAGGGAAAGCCACAUGGAACGAAGAGGGAUACUAUCUUGCCGAGAAUGGUUCUUUCGUGUGGGGGGAUAUCCAGCGGAAGGUGGCCGAGGAGGCACAUGCUCAGAAAUUUAUUGAAUCACCAGCGGUCGAGUCUCUGGACGACAAGCAGACUAGCGAUAUUUUGUCCGUGGGUCUUUAUGCUUGGGGUUCCAACUCUCGUGGACGUGCAAUUCGGGCCCGGAAGCUUUUUGGAUGGGAGCCUAAGCAGCCCAAGUUGAUUGACUUGAUACCGGACAUUGUCUCGCUCGAGGCGAAAGCGCUUGGUCUGUGA